AUUGCGUGCACUGGCUCAGCCUAAAGAGGGAAUCGCGACAGCUGAUUGGACAAUGCAGGUUUUACUACGUCACACAGGAGCAUCAGUAUAAUAACAUGCAGGGUCAGAGUGUGUUUCAAAUCUCAGCUUCACAGACGAAUCUGCUCUGAUCACAGUCAAACUAUGUCCCUGUGUGAAAUCAUGAUGGACAAACAACCAGAGGAAAAAUCACAGGCCAAAGACAACAAACGUCCUCACAGAUUAUAUCCAUCGCUGCCAAACGUGGACAGAUAUGAGAUCUGCAAGUUAGACGACUCCAUCGGCGAAAAGCUUCAUGAGGGCGCAGAGUUUUGUCAUGACAGACUGCUGGAGGACACGCAGCUGGAAGUGUCCGCUGCCAAAGACGACGCCAGACUGACAGCACAGAUACUUAUCUUGGAGAGGCAGAGGGAAGAGGUUAUUUCCCUUAAUAAGAGAUGGGCAAAGGAAUAUCAAACUAUGGUGUGCUACUACAAACAGAAGGUUCAGGAUUUAAAGGCACUGCUGCACUGCGCCUUUGAAGAGGGGGCGUGUGAGGCAAGAGUGAAGCCCAUCGCCUCGUGUAAAAAACUCAAGACGCUCAAAGGCAAAGACGACACACAGACUGGGGAUGUGGACGUCUGCUCUGAGUUACUGGCGGCAGAGAAGAAGGUGCAAUCGCUGCACGCGCAGAACAGUACGCUGACCAGAAGAGGGCAACAUCAGCAUGAGGAGAUCAAAAGGCUGAACAAGGCCCUUGAGGAGGCUCUUCUCACCUCCGCACCUCCUGGGAUCAGCAGUGAAACGCAACAGGAUGUGUGGAAACAUCAGGCUGAAGUCUACAAGGAAGACUUCCUGACUGAGCGGAAGGACAGGGAGAAGUUGAAAGAGAAAUACUUGGAGCUGGAGAGCCAGUUCAGGAAAGCUCGUCGUGAGCUGCGUGUCCUUAAAUCUCAGGUGACUUGUACUCAGCCUCCACAAGUUGUGCUUGAAUGCACACAUCGAGUGAAGCGUCCCAACAACCAGGUUGACCCGAGGCGAGAGCGCUCUUGAUGAACUGUGAAAUUCGACGGCCUCGUCACGCUCUGUGUGUUUAUAUUUUUGGCUGCACUUUAUAGAAGUCAACCGCUCGAAGUGGAGCGACUGCACGAGGAGAAAGUGAGCAACGAGGUCAAUCCAGCUCCACUCCAACUCAAUACCGUGAAUAUCUGGAUGCACGCUUCUCUAGAGAGUGAUAUUAAAUACCCAAGUGCGUGCAAAGUGUGUUAUGUAAGCCCUGCUGACCUGAUUUCCUCCUGUGUGACACGGGUCCCGAGGGAGAUAUCAGUUAUUCCAAAGACAAACACUAUUGACACACCUGCCUCUGCAAAAGCUCACAUACUAUUUAUUUUAAAAUGUAUACUCACAUCUGAGUCGCUCUGUUGGUUCAUUUGGACCUGAGGCCUGUCAGAGUGUCAAUCUUUAUUUUAACAGUUUAUUUAUGAAUGUUUGUUGGUUACAUGUUUGUUAUUUCUCUUGUUAAUUUAUCACAAAAGUAAAAACCACUGAAUCCCA